CUAGAGGCUCCCCCUCCGCCACCACGGAGGGGAGGUCCGCCCGUGGCCGGUCAAAACGGGGCCCAGCAAACUAGCACCACCGCCACCAGCUUUCUGCAGCUCAGCCAGGACCAUCUAGGCCAGCCGGGACCGGUCCAGCCCGGCAUGAAGCUGUUCCCGAACUACACGCCACCGAUUCCACCGCACCAUCAGCAGCAGCAGCACCAUCACCACAGCCUGCACCAUCACAACGGUAACGGUGGGCUGGACGAGCCGGCCAACAACCACCACUACCACCAGAUCACGUACCAGACGCAGACGCUCGCACCGUUGCGGCUCAAUCAGGAGCACUUUCUGCCGCACGCGACCAAAACCACCACCACGGCCGGUGGGACGAUGCCGGCCGGUGUCAAUCAGCCGCGGUCGCACGCCAAGUAUCAAACGCACCAUCACCAUCUGCACCACCAUGGUGCUGGGGGGGAUGGGGCCACGCUGCAUCAUCACAGCACCGGCAGCUACUCGCCCGAUGGUGGUGCCGGCCCGCACCAUCACCAUCACCUGCACCAUCACCACCAUCCGCAUCAUCAUCCGCAUGCGCCCCAUCUGCGGGACGAUUGCUCCGACCGGGACGAUGACGACGAUGACACGCUGGACGUGAACGAUGGUGUUGGCGUCAGUGGUGGUGGUGGUGGUGAGGAGGAGUGCAGUGGGCAGAGCGAUGCAACAUCACCGCCCGACAGUCCGCUCUCGCCCGUCCCACCCGAGCUGCCCAUCCGGAAUGGGCUGCUGGCGGCAAACACGCUGAACCACAUCAACAACAACGGUCCAAUGAUGGGCACGGAACGGAUCCGGUCACCACCGACGCCACCGGUCACACCGCCGCCCUCCUUCACCAAUCACACCGGCAGCACACCGGGGCUGGACAGCGGCGGCGGCGGCCGCAAAACGCUAUCCGUCGCACGACACUAUCACUAGGUUCUUAAGUAGACACGACAGCAGCACGCGCUUAGAUAGACACUCGCGAAGGGAAGGGGCGAACAUACAAGGGGCGAAUUUCCUACUUAGGGGGUUAGGGUGGGAUAGUUUUUGGGGGUAAUAAUAUUGUGAUCGUUGCUCGUUCCUUUUGCGUGUGAAAGUAGCAAGAGUUAGGUGGAUUUUUUGGGAGAAUUCUUUGUACGUUUUCGUUACGAACCAAGUGAGCGAAGAAAAGAAGAUGAAAUUCUUGGAAAAUAUUCUGAGAAUUUAUUUUCAAUGCGCGAAAUUGAAAGUAUCAGUGGUUGGAUAUCAUUAUUGUUUCAAAUUAACCUCACUUUUUAAGCUUGUUUGUCAUUUCUCGAUAUUUUAGCCCAAAAUAUCGUGAAAAAACUGGAGAGCAAUGCUCCAAUACAACAAAUUUUGAGAUUUGAGGUCAUGCUAAUGAGUUCCAACUGGCUAUCGUUUGGUGGAUAGAAUUUCAUGUAUGGGCCUGUAGUUUUGAUGUGAUCAGAACACCUCUUCAAACAUAUUUGUAUUAAACUUUGUACUUUCACGCUACUGCUUUAGUCACCAUCAAAGUCUUUGGACUGAAAGGCUCUAUUCUGAGGUCGUACUUUUCGUAUUUCUUGGGUGAAGAAACUCGAUUGUGGAGGAGUUUGAUAUUUCAUUUUCUUCUACUGAUUGAAAUGGAUUCACUAGAGCUUUUAGAAAUUGUCAUUUGAACACUAUGUUCCUGAAUAUCCUGAAGAAUUCUCCUGAACAAUUUGCCACAAUUUCUCAAUAUUUUGUAUAGUUAAUUGCAAAAAUGUCUUACAUGCCGUCAUUUUAGGAAAAGUCAGAACUUUGACAUCUAAAAGACAUCGUUUAUUCUUUUAGUUUUGCAUUCGAAAUCUAAUUCCAUCCAAUUUGAAUUCAAUUUUAGGAAUUACUUUCAUUCCUUAAACAUGAUGAAAAUUAUUGAAGUUGCUUCGACAUGCCCUUUUGCCUUUUAAUUAGCACCACAUGUUACUAUCCCUUGGAGACAUCCGUUAUCGCCGUAGCUUCAUAAUUCCGCGCCUCUAGCGUCUUGUUUGAGCAUUGCAAAUCCAUUUACCUCAAAUCACCUCAACAAACUGCAAGCAGUCUUCACUCCUCUUGACUCUCGCGUUAACGUUCCUUAAGGCUGGGAUUGGGACGGGAAACGGCAACAACAAAAAAAUCGUUGCCCAUUUCCUCCUACAAAAGCACCAGUGUAUCCUGUUUCCUGUAGCAAAUGUAUCGACAUUUGUCACUGUGUGUGUUUGUGUGUGACCACCUGGAUAACGAGUGGUGGUCCCGAGCGUGGUUAGGCACUGUUUUCUCUCGUGAAAAUUAGGCUCGGUUGCCCUAGCCGCUCUCGCACAAGCAAACCAACCGUGACGCGAGCAGCGACGGAAUACGACAGGAAAUGUUGUUUAAUUAAAUUAAUGGCCGGAAUAAUGUCGGUGACAUCCGUGCCCCGUCAUCGCCAAACCGAAUCCAAUGGAGCCGCCGCGCACAUGCCGGAAAGGACUCAACCGUGCACGACGCCGACAGAGGAAGUGUUUAUUGAUUUAGUUGAUGAACAACCCGCACCCGCCGUCUGGGCCUUAUCACUGGUGCCCAAUCCCCAACCAUGUCGGUUUGCCACCGUAGCAGUAGGACGGGAGGCCUUUCCUUCCCUCUCUGAUAAAGCCUAAUUUUGGAACAAAAGAGAGCCUAAAAGAGAGUCUUCUCCCAGCGUCUUCCGCAACCGCAACCACUGCCGAAAACUAUUCCCGGUACAUGAAAGACAUCCUUGGAUCUUUUCAAACGUGAGCUGCGGAGAAGAAAAAAGGCCCAGCAGUAUCUUAAAAUAGGCUGCUCCAUUUCUGAUUGAUUGCUGGCGAAGUGAUUUGUGGAAAAGAUCCCCUGCAGUAGGAGACACAAAAAAGGCUCCCAAUGGUUUGACAUUUAGCCGUUCGCCAGUUAUUUCCGAACUACCGGCCGAGAACAUCAUUAACGAGACGAUAAUUGUAAUUAAACAAAACCCCAGUACCAAGAUAUUCUCCCACUCCUCUUUUUUUGCCAUUCUUCCGGGUAAAGUAUUUUGGGGCCAAUGAUGUUAUCUUUUCCACGCUCAACUGGUUUACUUCAAAGACACACACACACACACAUUACACAAGCCCUAAUGAGCAUUCGGUACGGUAGGGGGGAUGGAUAUUUACUUUCUUUUGAGGAAUUGUAGAAUCAAUAUCAUCAUGGCAGGGUUUUUUUCUGUACGGCAGCUUCCCUAUUUUGGCGCAAAGUUUGUCUUUUUGUCUCUGUACCAUCAAAAGAAACGACUUAUUUGCUAAUGUUUUGCGCCCGAUUUGCUUCACGGGUUUGGAUUUUGCAUCAUGAUGCUGCUUCCGCCUGGAAUGACUCUGCUCUUCAGCGAACUGAGUGAAAGGAACGGGUCGUCAGUCUUUGACCCGUACGACGGCGGCGGCGACGGCAAUCAUCAAUCGUGGCUUGUGGUGCUGCACGUGAAAGUAGGGCUCACGAUCUGACCCUGACCGGUAGCUCGGAGGGAAGAGAUUGACGUGUCGCCGGCAGGCCCCAGGGGGAACGACACGGCCACGACGCGCUGCUAGCAAUUAGCCAUCUGCAGUGCCGCCUCCUUCGGCUGGUAGCCGUAGCGAAUUGGAGCUCCGGCCAGCCCAGAAAGGGGUUUCCGUUUUUCGCGACUCGUCAUCUUGUGCACAGCUCCCUUGAGGGGGUGAGUUUGGUUGAAAUAGACACACACACUGCACUAACCGCACUAGCCGCCUCCGGGUGUCGUUUGCGCUUCGCGUAUAUUAUAGGUCAUUCGGGGAAUCGUUUCGCCACACUCGCCGACGGUGGAGCAUUCCGUGCCGGGAGAGAGAGAGAGAGAGAGAGAGAGAGAUUGGUUGCGUUGGUUUCCACUUUUAAUAGAACCAUCAAUCAUACUCACUGGUAGCUUAGCAAUACCCCUCCCGAAAAGGUUCAUGAGGUCGCGAUAAUGUUGAAGCUACACUACUAGUGAUGGGAGUUCGGAAUUUGACCUACCCAACUCCGAUACUGUGUUCGGGAUUAAUUUUGGAGCCAAAUCCGACGCUGGAAUCGAUUCCGAUUCCGAAUCCGGACCUAAAUCUGGAGCCGAUUCUGUAGCCAAUUCCGGAGCCGAUUCCAGAACCGAAUCCAAAGCCGACGAUGGAAUCAGGUCCGGAAUCGGAAUCGUCUUGGGUAUCGGGGGCUCCGGAAACGGAAUCAGAAUUGACUCCCGAAUUGGAGUUAGCGAUUCUUGUGGAGAUGCCAAAACCGUCUCCGAUUUUGAAGCCGAUUCUCAGAAUUUCGGAGCCAAUUCCGAUUCCUGACCUGAUUCCUAUUCCGGGACCGAUCCUGUUUUCCGAAGUCAGUUCCAGAGCCUCGAGGCUCCGGAGCAAAUUGUAAUUUUCCAGGACGAUUCCAAUUCCGAUUCUAGGACCAAUUCUGGAUCCGAUUUCGAUUUCAGAGCCGAUUCCGGAAUCGAUUAUUGAAACUGAUUCCGGACUUACUAUCCGGUAUCGAUUCCAGAAAACUUCGGAGCUAGCCGGAAUUGAUUCCGCCGAAAUCUUCAUUUUUCCCAUCACUACUCACUGCUGUUUAGCUCCCCAACAUCCACAAGAGGGGGUCGUGUUUUUGGCAACUCCCCCCUUUCCUAAGCAUGUUUAGCCUAAUUGAACGCGAACACUCAACGCGCUGAAUGAGUUCACUCGCUGACACACACACACAAACACCUAAUCGCAGCAGCACCAAAGUGUUGAAGCGCCAAAGACCCGAGCGCCGAUUGGGUCGGGAUUUUAAUUUUCCUGAAAGGAUAGGCAUCAUCAUAAUUACUCGCUCGCUCGCUCGCUUGCUCUCCCUUGCCCAGGACGAAAACCAGCGUGUUUUAAUCAAACUGCUGCUGCGUGUUAAAUCCGGCUUCGAUGUGAAUUAAUUCGCUAUUUUUAAAACACUCCAACAAGCACUGGGAUUAGAUGGCGGUUGGCGUUAGAGGACACACAGGAGCCCGUCACAAUCGGUACAGCAAUCAAAUUUAGAGCAAAGAGUGUUCAAUUAGCAAGCUGUCUAAUUAAUUCAUCUCAUGAGGCAGUAUACUCGUCGGCCUUUUGCGCCUCACAAUCUUAAUCCAUGCUUUCCUUAGCCUUUGCGAUGCGCAGUGUCCUUGGGCGAGUUAUUUUUCCUUCAACUGCUGGUGUGUGUGUCUGUUGCGGUUAAACUUUCUGCGGUUAAACCUCCGGCUGUAAUGCAAACUAAAAGAGAAAAGGCGCGCGAACCAGCAGCGAACAUCAAAAGCGAAGCGAGGGCAGUUGCUCCGUUGCCCGCCGGGCAGGAAGCAGACACGCCGAAGGAGGAAAAUCAAGCGAAAAUAAUUAAACCAUUUAAAGUUUUAAAUUGAACCACCCGGCCACGCUGGCCGGCGCUGCUCGGCGCAUUUUUAUAGCCUUGGGGAAUUUUUAAGGAACAAACGGAGGUCCCUCAAAGUGUGUGUGUGUGUGUGCCGUAAGUGUAACGCGUAAUGACACUUAGCACAGUGACGUCCCCUUGUGUCUUUUUUCCCCCUGUCUGUGCCCUGUGGAGGUGCCCUCGAUUGCCCUCUUCCGCAGCAAAAGUGACAGGCACUGUGCGGCCCCACAUAGAAGGAGGAUGCAGCCCAGAGGGGUUAAAUUCCGCCCGGACCAGGGUAUUAUAAUUAUGUCAUAAAACUGGCCACAAUUGAUUGGCCCACGGCAGGUAACGGAGCUCAACAGCGCGAGAGAAAGGGGGGAAAAAGGGGAAGUAAUAGUUUCUGGGGACUGAAAUGCGAUCGUAAAACCAGUGUGUCAGACAGGGCCGGGAUGAAGGAAGGUAAAAUGUAAGAUGUGGGUUUAAAAAAUAUAAAACCUCGUAAAACAAAACGUCUCCCGUCCGAUGAGUAAUGGUUGUGUAACGAGCGGGAGAGAAAGAGAGAUGGUGCGUAAUUAAAUUAAAUUAUAUUUGAAACACCACUCCGCAACCGCACGGGCAGGAAAGGAAAAUUGAAUUCAAAACAGAACCGAAACAGAACGGAAAAACCAGUGCCCCCAAAAACCAGUGCCACCAUGCAGCAGUCGUCGUGCUUGAUGCUGAUGAUGAAGGGUACACUGGGAAUAAUAACAAAAUAAAAAAGCUACACGCAUUGCAGAGCGCAAAAAGUAGAAGAGAAUGGAAAUAAAUGUCCAAGAAGGCAAUAGAAUAAUGGUCGGUUGGCUGGCCCCGCGCGCGAUAUUACAAUGCAGGGCGGGCCGGAAGGUCGGAUGUCUUUGUGGUCUUUGAAGAACGUGGAACCGAGGUGUAACAAAAAGAAGUGGUAAUAAAGUGAAAAUUGAAUGAUAAUGUUCCUUCUACCCACAGGUCCCACUUCUCCCGCCUUCUUAAAAACUCCCAACGACGACCCCAGUGGUGUAACGCCUCGUUCGCCUCUCCCCCCCCCCCCCCCCCUCCGUAAGUUUAACACGUAAGCAGCGGAAGCAUCAUCUUCAACUUUAAAAGCAAUAUUUCUUCUACAGAAAGCACACAAACACAACAAGUAUAUAAGUAUAUUGAAGCAUUGAAGGUAGGGCAGGAGAACAAAAAAAAAAGCGUACAAUUUCACUUCAUACUCUCCUCUAAAAGGUGAUAAAAAAAACUUGAUGUAACAAAAAAAAACAGCAACAACAACAGAAAAUAAAAAUAAAAGAAACGGAAUAGCCGUGUUUAAAGCAACAUAAAGGAAAAAGGAAAACUUCGACUGUGAAAUGAUUCCAACAGCAAGCGCGGCAUAUUUUAACAAUAAGAGAAAACGAAACAGAAAAAGAAAAACGCAUAAACCCCCGACAGUCAUAAACGCUAUUGCUGAAACACUGUAACGAAAGAAAAAACAGUGUGUGUUUGUAAAUAGAAAGAAAGAGAAAAGAGAUGUGAACUAAUCAUAGAAAAAACGAAUAAAACCCUAUUAACUAGAAUUAUACAAAAAAAAACUAAAUCGUUAAAAAGAAAAACAAACACUAGAAAUCGAAAACAGAAACUAGAAAUUGAUGUUGAUGAAAUGAAAAACGUGUAAAUAGCAUAACUUAGCAUUUAACGUCUCUAAAUGUGUUUUCGAAACAAACAAACAAACAAAAGGAAAUGCAACAAACGAAUAGGAAGUGAAAAAUUCAUGCAAAUAGGAAUUAAUUACAAACUUAUAUCAAGCAGUAAACAAAGGAAGUGGAAAACACUACUCGUGACAAGUAUUGCGGGGUUGUUAUCGAUUUUAAAAUAAAAACAAACAUAUACCAUAGCUAGAGAAAAGAAAUAAAAACACAAAACUCCAGAAAAAAAUAUUUGUAAAAAUUGAUGUUCAAAGAAAGAGGUAACAAAAGCCAAUCGGAGAGAAGCAGCAGGUAUUGUUGUUUUCAAAAUAGCUAUCAACCGUAGAGCAAUGAAAGAGCGAAAAAAAACAAGAAUGAAAUAAUCAACGUAACUGUGGAUAGAAAUUAUAGAACGAUUCGAAGCAAAAUGGCAAACAAAAUCAAAUCAAAAACAACGUGCGUGAUCGUGGUAGGACGAACAGUUGAACACACUUACCGAACCGAACUCCACCAAUUUUGAAACACUUAUUUGCGUGUGAAUUUUUAGGUCGUAAAUGAAAACUAAAAAAAAAA